GAGAAUAUUACGAGUCAAGUAAAAUAAAAACAUUAUUUAUGCAUAAUGUAAUUUAUAUAAACACCUCCAUUGCCCUUCCCUACACAUGAGAACACUCCAAUAGUUUCUUCUUCUUCCUCCUCUUGCCUCCGUCUCUCCCUCCAAAAAUGGCAAUGUUGAGUUUGGUUUUAUGCGUUCUUACAAUUCUUGCUGAUUUCACAACAAUUUCUGAAGCAAGAAUCCCAGGAGUUUACAGUGGAGGUGGUUGGGAAACUGCUCAUGCUACUUUCUAUGGUGGUUCUGAUGCUUCUGGCACCAUGGGAGGUGCUUGUGGGUACGGGAACUUGUACAGCCAAGGCUACGGUGUGAACACGGCGGCUCUAAGCACGGCUCUGUUCAACAACGGUUUCAGCUGCGGUGCUUGUUUCGAGCUCAAAUGCGCGAGUGACCCUAAGUGGUGCCACUCAGGCAGCCCUUCCAUCUUCGUCACUGCGACCAACUUCUGCCCUCCUAACUUCGCUCAGCCUAGUGACAAUGGCGGAUGGUGCAACCCUCCUAGGCCUCACUUCGAUCUCGCUAUGCCUAUGUUCCUCAAGAUCGCCGAGUAUCGCGCCGGAAUCGUCCCCGUCUCUUUCCGCCGAGUGCCAUGCCGAAAGAGAGGAGGAAUGAGAUUCACGAUCAACGGUUUCCGUUACUUUAACUUGGUUCUGGUCACAAACGUCGCCGGCGCCGGAAACAUCGUACGGCUGAGCGUGAAAGGAACAAGAACGUCGUGGAUGAGCAUGAGCCGAAACUGGGGACAAAACUGGCAAUCUAACUCUGUUCUGGUUGGUCAGGCACUUUCGUUUAGAGUCACAGCCAGUGACCGUAGAUCAUCCACGUCAUGGAACAUUGCUCCGGCCCAUUGGCAGUUUGGUCAGACUUUCAUGGGAAAGAACUUCAGAGUCUAAGGGCAAUUUCGGGAACUCACUAUCAAAAAUAUCAGUUUUAUUAAUAUUACUAAUCCUACUUAUUCUGAUUACUAAGCCGAAGGCAGCUAGUAAUUUGAGAAAUUAUAUAUAUAAAUAUAUUAUUUUUCAUGUUUCCAAGACCACUUGAAAUUCUAAUAUUCUACCUCUGAUGGGUUGUUUUCUUGUUCUACCGUGUUCGUUGGGGUGUGUGAAAUGAAUGGCUGGUGGUUUUUAGCGUGUGGGGUCUUCAAUGUUUAAUGAGUUUUCUUUUGGGGUUAGAUUAGAAGUUUGUUGAAAGUAGAAGGAGCUGAAGCAGAUGCUAAGAGUUCUGCUGUCAAGCCUGUCGUAGUAAAGAAGCAGUAAUAUCAGUUUGUAAUGCUUCUUGUAGUCGUAGACCAUCAUAUUGUAAUAUAUAUAUGAAGAUUUGGGUAUGUUAUGGUUUAA